CAGUUCUUACUUGGUUUACAAAUCACUUCUCAGGUUGGGGUAGGCGCUUCUUCUGGCACCCACAGCUUCCUAUGCUCUCUGUGUAUUCCAGGUCUGACCCUUCUAGGUAGUAAUCUAAUCAGCUGUGGAUCUUCUUCCUUUGCCUGGGGUGCCACAUUACUGCAGAAAGACUAGUGCUUGCCAGCAUACAGCCUGACACAUAGGAGAUCAAUAAACUUACCCUGCUUGGAGGGGUGUGAGGAUUGCUAGGGGUCCUGGUCUUCGGGAACUGUCUUGGAUGCAAAGUGAUUCCCUAAGCCUACUUUGCACUAGUCUGCAGUGCCUGCACGCAUGCGCCGUGUUCAAGCAACCCCCCCCAUAUGCUAAUCACUGCGCUCGGGAGUUUGGCCUCGGGAAUAUGCAAAUCACUCCCUUCAGUGCGGGAGGCCUUCCAUUGUCCCGCGCUAGGAUUAUGCAAAUAAGCAGCCCUUCAGUCCAAGAUCCUGGCCGAGACUCUUCGCCCUCCACCCCCAGAGCAUCUCAUUUUUAUGAGGCUCGUUGCUGUUGCGCGCGCGCGCACGCGCGAGCUCCGCAGCUUCUCCAUCCUUCAGGCUGCGGACUGUACCAAGUAAACCCGGGCUGCAACGGGCAAAGCGCGGCAGCACCUCCAUGGGUUCCGCUGACAACCCGCCUCGAUAGCCCCUUUUUCCUCAGAACGACAGGAACGGUCGGUCGGGCCGCGCAAGCGCCCUCGGCUCCUCAUACCCCUUGCUCUCCCUCCUAUCCUACUCGCAACGCAGGCGCAGAGCCCGGGCGUGCAGCCGCCACCGCCGAGCCCAAGCUGGGGCCGCCAGAGCCGCAUUGCUCCCGACAUAGGAAGACAUGGCUUCAACCACCUACCAGAUGGUUUGACCUUGGGCUACCUUGUAUCUUCUCUGCACCUGUGCUUCCUCACCUGUACAAAGGAGCAUCCUUCUCUACCUGCCUACAUCCUGUAUUAGAAGAGCUUGUUGCUGGAGGUGUGACUGUGGAGAGCUGGCCAGAGAGGGACGCUGCCCAGCUGCUGCUCUACUCCUAUCUCCUGUCCCUCCACUGGCCAUGACAGAGACCCGUGAGCCAGCUGAGACUGGGGGUUAUGCCAGCUUGGAAGAAGAAGAUGAAGACCUUUCCCCAGGCCCCGAGCAUUCCUCUGACUCCGAAUACACUCUCUCAGAGCCAGAUUCCGAAGAGGAAGAAGAUGAAGAGGAGGAGGAAGAGGAGACCACUGAUGAUCCCGAAUAUGACCCGGGCUACAAGGUGAAGCAGCGCCUUGGUGGGGGUCGGGGAGGCCCAUCCCGCCGGGCCCCCCGUGCAGCCCAGCCCCCGGGCCCUGCGGCCCAGCCCUGCCAGCUCUGUGGCCGGUCACCGCUUGGGGAGGCCCCACCAGGCACCCCACCUUGCCGGCUUUGCUGCCCUGCUGCAGCCCCCCAGGAAGCACCAGCCCCUGAAGGCAGAGCCCUUGGGGAGGAAGAGGAAGAGCCCCCUCGGGCUGGGGAGGGCCGACCAGCUGGGCGAGGGGGGGAGGAGGAAGAGGAGGAAGAGGAGGAGGGCACCUACCACUGUACUGAGUGCGAGGAUUCCUUCGAUAACCUCGGGGAGCUGCAUGGCCACUUCAUGCUGCAUGCCCGGGGUGAGGUGUAGGUAAAGCCCCCCAGCCAGGGAGCAUAGCAGAAGGGGUGGGGUGGGAGAAGGGCACUAGGAAGUGAGAGUGGUCACAAUGGUCAUGGGGGCUGGGGUACUGCAGGUCUGUGUUGUCUUAGCAGUAGAUGUUCGAAGGCCGGAAUAAAAGCCACAUUCCGAGAG